AUGUUUACUAUUGUCUUUCUACUUAUAAAUAAUGAAUAUCAAACGAUUGAAUCGUAUGAUCAAAUCGAGUUUAUUUCUGUACAAGAUUGUGGUAAAAAAUAUCAUGUUAAUCUUUUGUAUUCAACACGACCUAAAGAUAGAACACAAAAUUAUUCAGUCCGCAUUAAUGUGUAUGAUCAACAUUCAAUGGAAUAUCAUGGAAGUUGGAAUUAUCCUAUUAUCUUUCCUUUUCUACCUGUUAAUCGAAUGGCAAUUAUUCUCAUUAUUCCCGUACAUCAAGUAAUACCUAUUUGUCAUGCUUUGAAUUGUGGAUCUCAUGGUCAAUGUUUGAAAUUUGUGAACUCUGAUGAAAUCUUUUGUAAAUGUAACGAUGGAUGGUCAGGAAAACAAUGUGUGACAGUUAGUUCUUCGAAAUUUCGCUGUGCACCAGACUCAUUAACCGUCGGAAUAACUAAUGAGCGACCGAUUUGUGUUUGCCCAUUAAAUAAAUUUGGAUCUCGUUGUUAUCUAAAACGUAUUUCUUGUUCUGACAGUAUGUGUCAAAAUCGAGGUACUUGUAUAGUAAGAGACGAGCGAAUGCCAAGUCUUAAGCCUUUCUGUAUUUGUAUGAAAGGUUACUCUGGUACAAAUUGUGAGGUGAAAGAUACAAAAAUAGAUAUAUUAUUAGAAAAUCUGCCGAUUCCUUCUGCUAUUCUGCUCCAUUUUAUCACUGCUCAUGGUGAUAAACCUGAAAGUCGUACAACAACAUUUGGGAAGAUUCCUGUUGAUCAAUCAUCAACAACAGUUUAUAUAUCAUCGAUGUUUCAUUUUAUAUUUGUUGAAUUUUUUGAUACUCUUUAUUUCGCACAUUUACAAUAUACAUAUACAUCAGGUGAAAUUAUCAGAAAAACCAUCAAGCCCUCUCAUCGAUGUCCGUCUAUUGAUGAAUUAUUUGAUGUUACUAUAACCAAACUUCAUCAACUUCGACGUAUCAAGCAUUAUCCAAUUGUCUGUCAACAACAAAAAAAAUUAUGUUUUUAUGAUGAUAGUUAUAUAUGUUAUUGUUAUAAUAAUGAUACACCUAAUUGUUUUAUUUUUAAUCACAAUAUGACAUAUAACUGUCAUGGAUAUAGUUACUGUCAAAAUGGAGGUCGUUGCUAUCAAAACGAUAUUGUUUGUCCAACAUCAUCAAUGUGUGAAUGUACCGAUUGUUUUUAUGGCAGUCGAUGUCAAUUUCCAUCAAAAGGAUUUGGUCUUUCAUUAGAUCUUGUUCUUGGUCCUCAUAUUCGUCCUAAUAAUCAUUCACUUGUCGUACGAAUUAGUAUUUCUAUUGUAUUAUUAUUGACUAUUCUCGGUUUUAUUAAUGGUGUUCUUUCCAUACUUACUUUUCAAACUAAAAAAUCUCGUGAUAGUGCCUCUGGGCUUUAUUUAUUUAAUUCUUCAAUAACAUCAAUACUAAUAAUUAUUAUUUUUUCUUUGAAGUUUUGGUUACUUAUUCUUUCUCAAAAAAGAAUCAUCACCAAUCGCUCGAUUCUCUUCAUACAAUGCUUAUUGAUUGAUUUUCUGCUACGUAUAUCUUUAAAUAUGGAGAGUUGGUUAAAUGCUUGUGUAUCUCUGGAACGAGUUAUUAUGAUUGUAAAAGGUGUUCGAUUUGAUAAUAUAAAAAGUAAACAUAUAUCUAAAUGGAUAGUUGUGAUUCUUCUUUUAUUCAAUAUUAUUACAACGAUACAAGAUCCAAUUUCUCGACAUCUUGUUGAUGAUGAAGAAGAUCAACGUACUUGGUGCGUAGUUAAAUAUUCUUCAUUAUUACAAAUAUUUAACUCAUCAUUUUAUUUGUUUCAUUUUCUUACUCCAUUCUUGAUAAAUUUUAUGUCAGCACUACUUAUUAUUAUAAGACUGGCACAACAGCGAAAUAUUUCUCGUUCUCAUCAAAAAUUUCAAAAAUAUUUUCGAAAACAAUUGAAUACACAUAAACAUCUUCUUGUAGCUCCUAUAGUUCUCGUUAUUUUAUCAUUACCUCGAUUGAUUAUUUCAUUACUGCCAGGUUGUAUGAAAUCAUUUCGAGAACCAUGGUUUUUUCUAUUCGGUUAUUUCGUUUCAUUUAUUCCUGCAUUAGUAUCAUUCAUAACAUUUGUUCUACCUUCAAACGUGUAUAAGAAAGAAUUUUUAUUUGCGUUCAGACGUCUCAAACAACGAUUGCGUGGAAUUAGUUAA